UUUGAUGAAUUUCGGAGUUUUGGUCAAAAGACUUAAGUAUCUAUAUAUAUUUAAAUAAAUCCAAGUUUCACAUUUAUCCAGUCACAUUCACAUUUACUUUUUUAUUUAUUUCUAUUAGAAAAAAUGAAUACUGGAAAGGUUGUGAAAAAAACACGUGGUAAUGGAAGAAACACCAAAGUCGUGCAGCUGGACACUUCUGAUGAAUGCGAAGACGAGCAAUCAGCUGACCUUCCUGCGUUUACUAUCACGAAAGUUACCGUGACUAAACCAAACCAAGAAGACGAACUGGACCAUCUUGACAAAGCCUUCGCUGUUCCCGUUUUGCAGGAUGUUUUGCUUGGAAACGCCCCGCCAAUGUUUCCGCUUAUCAUCACAAACAAACGUGGAAGCAAUACCGAGACUACCAUUCUUGGACGUGACCGAAUUCACGCGUCGUCCGCUUUCGUGUUGUCGAAAAAGGCAGUGAAAGCGAUGCAGUCAAUGAAUUUGCCGACUGCGGUCAACAUCACCAAAUAUUCUUUGAACUCCGAUGGCGCCAUUCACAUUGAUGACUUGGUUCCAAUAAAAACCGGCUGUACGAUGGGAGACUACAUUGCCUCCAGACUGCCUGUGCCACAGUUUGUGACUGUCCAGUCCGUUGGUUGUACCAAGGCAGUGAAGAUGGAUAUCUUUGAUUUGGACAAAGAGACAGAUCGAGCGGAGCUUGUGGUUCAGAUCACUAAUGUUGCGGUGAAACACAAAUCGAAAGGCACAGGGCGCUGCCUCCUAUUUGAAGCAACGGACGCAACUGGGAACAUGAGUGGCCGCCUUUGGGAUAACGUUGAAAAAUUCGAAGAUCUGCUACUAAAUGGCGCGCAUGUCUCUAUCAAGUUUCCAAAAAUCGCCUACGCAAAGACUGAAUUUAAUAAGCCCUACAGUUCGCCUUUUCAAUUAACCAUCAUUCGUGACCGCACUCAAAUUACCACUAUAAAUAAGUGACCUUUCUGUUUUUCUUCAAAGCUGUUUUCAGUAAUCGUUUUUCAUUUAUAUUAUUAUUGUUUCAUAGUAACGCGUGACUAACGUUACACUUGACGUGACUUUUUCAUUUGCUUAACAAUUAUACGAGUAUAUACCUUCUUUACUUUAUUUUUUACUUUGUGACAACUGACUUCCUUUAUUACCGACUUUGUGAGGUCUGAUUUGCAUUUAUCGCUAUUUGUUGCCUUUUUUUCGCAUGAUUAUUAUUUCUUGAAGCUUGAGUAACGUUAAACUCUAAUUGACAGUAGCUAACGAUUGAUUAAACUUGUCUCA